AUGAACUCUGCCCUCGCGCUUGUCUCUUUCCAGUCUCCCUCUUUCAACCUAAAACAACGCCCACUGUCCCAACGCCAGCAGAUAAGCGUCGAGUGGGGGAAGAGGCAACAAUAUUCACCAAAGCCCAGACGAGCGAUACCAGGGCCAAAUGCAACGGGGGGACUCAACAAUGCUGACCGCGGAGGUAAUACCUUACCAUCUUCACCCAUGACAAAUGUGAUCCAGGAGUUCUACUCUUCCCUCAAUGACAAGGACAUCACACGGCUCACGGAGCUGAUUGACCCUGAUUGCACCGUCAAGCACACUUCAUAUUAUAAACCACUGGACAUCAAGGAUACUAUUGCAUACUUCGCAAGGCUUAUGGAAGCUAUGAGAAAAAAUGUCAAAUUUGCUAUUGAUGAGGUUUGUCAAGGAGUAGAACCCACUGUUGCUGCAGCAAUAUGGCACCUUGAGUGGAACGGUAAGAUCAUCCCAUUUACCAAAGGAUGCAGUUUCUACAUGUGUUCAGCAAAAGGGGAAGCGCUUCUUAUUAGGAAGGUCCACAUCUUCAACGAGUCACCUGUGAAACCAGUAAAUCUGGCAUUGGACAUACUUCUAUUUGUUACCUUUUUGUUCGACCUACUUCCAAAACAAGCUGAAGAUUUUCUACAGAAUCCAGAAGCACUAGUCCAGUCCUUUGUGAAGUUUUACAAAUUCCUCCUGGAGCCUGUUAUCGUGUAUCUUGUUGCAUAUUCUAUCCGCUUCUGGUCAUUUGUUGUGAAGCUUUACAAAUUAUACGUGGAGCCUAUUAUCGUGCAUCUUCUUGCAUAUAAUUUCCGCUUCUGGUCAUUUGUGGCACGAAGACUGGAUACGGUGCUCGACGUGUUGUAUAACAUUUUCAAGCAGUUCAUGUAAGGAACUAAUAUCCCAGAAAAGUCUACAUUCAGAAGAAUAGUGAUUCUCGCAGAUACACCAUGUGGAUGCAAUCAAUUACCGA